AUGGCAAAUAACGUGGAGGAGAACCCCAGAAAGGGGAAUUCUGGAGAGAAUGCAGGUAUUGAUUCAAGUCAUUUAUUACCUGUUCUACAAGGAGUACCUCCCCCAGAGUCCCACCAGCAUCAAGUUGCCGCCCAAGCAAUUGAUGUCCCGUCUACCGUCGACCCCCAGCUACCUUCUCACAACCAGGGCGAUUAUUCCGGGCUUAAUCCCACGGCUCCACUCGCCCCCCAGACAACGGCCCGCCAACAUAGCUGCCAUCACAGUGUGGUAGAACGCCAGUUCUGCGUGGACCGUAUGGAAACAUGCGAGUCAUGUGGACGACGGCCAUAUCUUGGUUGGGUCUAUCUCUGUAUUGAGGACACUGCGGGAUUUUCUGGUCCAUUGGAUCCCAUGAGCGGUCCGUUUCUCAGUCCUUGGAUCCUGAAAGCAAUGGAAGAUGGCCACUAUACGACAGAGCAGAAGGAAAUUGUGGUCCACCAGAAGCUGAACGUCGUGAAGAUGGUGGAGAGAGAAAAGGCCCCCGCACCCCCACCACUAUCAAUGCUUUAUGCUCAGCGUAGUGUGCAUGUUGGUCAUAAUCAGGAUGAUACAUGGGUUGAACUGAUUGAAGAUGUUAGCCAGCGGGAUGAGGGCUCUGGCGACUUCACGGCUUUAUCCGAACAUACUGGACAAAUCUCGCGAAUUUUCCAGCGCUCGCUUCCUCCUCUCCCAUGUGCAUUCAGGGCCUGUCGUUACUGUGAGCGUCGCUAUGGUAAUCUCGAGGAGCGUACCUGGAUCAGCCUCAAUGAAAUCUGCAACGACCGUUCUAUUACUCCUCCGGAUCCGUGGGAUUUGCUCGGGAGGCCCGUCUCCGAUGCCCAUAUCCUUCGCGACAUAGGGCUUCGCUCUCAGUCUACCAGCACUAGUUCUCCACAUAUAGGCUCAUCGGGUCAUAGUACUAGCGAAGGCCACGAACAUUCAAGUAUCAGGCUUUUUUCCGGGCAGAAUAUCACAAACACCAAUCUCCAUGAGCUCGUCAAUCAGUCCUUCGAUAUAUCGGCCGGAAGUGAAGACACUGAACUUGGAGGUAUCGGAUCGCACGCGAACCAGUCGAGUGAAAGUGUCAUCAUCGGAGUGGCUAUCUCUGCGGUCGUUGGUGAUUAUUCAGUCGGGUCAGAGCACGGCCAUGACGGCAGCACGGAAGAACAGAAUCGAUGA